ACGAAGCUGUGGAUCAACGCUCACCGCCAUACCCAUCCGCGGGAACGCUCCCUCCCCCGGCCGGAGGAGGCGGGGCCUCGGAGGCCUCUCCCGCCACACAGCGCGAGUUGAGCCGCGGGGCAUUCGGGGAGUUGUAGUUUUAGUCACCCAUCCAUCUCUCUUAUUCGGGCCAGUAUGAAGUAACUCAGAAAACUACGACUCCCAAAGUGCUCUGGGGCGGCGAGCGGCCGCCGCAGUGACGACUGUAGCGGAGAAGGCCCGGAGGGGCUCUGCGUUCUGGAGUGGCGCUGCUUGGGCUGGUGGAAGGUUGCAGGCUGCUGGUGUCGCGGCUGAGGAGAACGGCCAGCGGUUUCGGCGUUUCUCGUCGGCAUCCCCGCAACAAUGAGUGCUGCCAGAGAGUCUCACCCGCACGGGGUGAAACGUUCAGCCUCCCCAGACGACGAUCUUGGAUCUAGCAAUUGGGAGGCAGCAGACUUGGGUAACGAAGAGAGAAAACAAAAGUUCUUGAGACUUAUGGGCGCAGGAAAGAAAGAACACACUGGUCGUCUUGUUAUAGGAGAUCACAAAUCAACCUCUCACUUCCGAACAGGGGAAGAAGACAAGAAAAUUAAUGAAGAACUGGAGUCUCAAUAUCAGCAAAGUAUGGAUAGUAAAUUAUCAGGAAGAUACCGGAGACAUUGUGGACUUGGCUUCAGCGAGGUAGAAGAUCAUGAUGGAGAAGGUGAUGUGGCUGGAGUUGAUGAUGACGAUGAUGAUGAUUCACCUGAUCCUGAAAGUCCGGAUGACUCUGAAAGUGAUUCAGAGUCAGAGAAAGAAGAAUCUGCUGAAGAACUCCAAGCUGCUGAGCACCCUGAUGAAGUGGAGGAUCCCAAAAACAAAAAAGAUGCAAAAAGCAAUUAUAAAAUGAUGUUUGUUAAAUCCAGUGGCUCAUAACUCCCAAACACUUAGUCUUUGUAUUAAAAGUAAGCCUUAUUGUUAUAAUGCACAGUGGAGGACUGCUUAUAGAGCACAGACCUUUGUAUUAUAAUUUUUAAAAGGCCCUUUUAAAUAAUUACAAAGAGUGUUUGCUUUCAAAUGCCAUGGAUUACACUUUUACGGGCAUGACUAUAACCAUUUUUGUAAAGAGUAAGAGUUGUAUAAAAUAAGAAAUAAAUACAAUACUCAACUUCCUUUCAUAUUAGCAUCAUCAACCCUCUACUCUCACCUUUUUACCCCUUCAAAUGCAGUUGGGGGAGACCCUUUUUGUUUGUGUAGUAGCUAUUUUAUUGUUGGUUUUUUGUUUUUGUUCGUUUAUAUUUUUCUCUUAUAAAAAUUCACUUGAUACUGUGAUAAGUUCAUGAAAAAUACUCUAAUUAUCCUUUGUUAUAGUAGAGCUAUUCAUCAUGGAUAUUUCUGCUGCCGAUCACAGUCUAAAUUAAUGUUGGCAAAAGAUUAGGUCCUUAGUUUACUCUUACUGCUUCAGCUCUACUCUUUUGGACCAAAGCAACAUGAAAGCAAGUACUUUCAUACCUUGUUAGGAUGGAGUUACAACUGUCAUACAUUUGGAAUGUUAUGAUCCCAAGCAGUCUUAUAUAAUUUGGAUUACGUUAUAUGUAAGACUUUUGAUAAAAUUUGGCCAAUUUUUACGGAAGAAAUUAUUUCUCUGAUCAUUUAGUCCUAUCUAUUUAGAAAUAUGUAAAACUGGAUUUUUUUUUUGUUUGUUUUAGUAAUAUGUGACCAAAGUUAAUUUUGUCCUGAAGGUCUAAAUAAAGAGAAAGCAGUUUCCCAUA